GUAAACAACUCCCGUGCCCCAUUCAAAUUUCAAAUCUCCCGAGUGCCUCUCGCCUGAGAGCUUUCAGAGCGCCACGAGCGGCGGAGAUUGGCAGCCGCCGACGAUGGAAGCGGCGCCUGCAGGGAUGCAUCCACAGCCCGAGUCCCUCACCCAGAUCCUGCUCAGCUUCUCCAGCCCGUGUGAAGAUACAAAUCUCGGUCACCCACAGGAAGAUGAAGAAGAGCAGGUUGGGGAUGUGGAUUCAGAAGCGUUCGGAUCUAAAGGAGGGAGCUGGGUGAGGGCAGAGAAUCGUCUCCAGCCACACCAGACCACAACAUAUCCAAGCCCGUGUUUAGAUGACGAACCGGAUCCCCAAAAUGGCACAAUCAACGGGGACACGGAACUGACGCACUUCUUCUCAGAUACGGAGACCCAAGGCGAGAUACAAGAUUUCGAGAUGUGUUCUACGACGCCAUCUUGGGUAGGAAAAAAUCGGUCAGGAAAUGAAAGAUGUGAUUCGCCGCUGGUAUGCAUUCAGAAUACUCCAACAUUGUUUAAAUGGACGGAGGCAACCACAGCAAACCUCAUUUGCGUGCAAAAGUCUGGCCAGGAGCAAUGUACAUGGAAGAGAAGGAUACGGCUUGGGAAAAUACCUGAUCAGAGAGAGCCAAAAAUGGGAAGAGCAUGCGCGCUUGAGAAAGCAAUGCGCAGCUAUGUAGACCAGAAGUCUGGUCAAGUGGUUGCUCCUGAGAUCGGACGAGAGUUCGACUCACUAGCAGAGGCUUUUGAGUUUUACAACCUGUAUUCUUGGGAGAUUGGGUUCGGCAUCAGAUAUGGUCAAUCUAGGACAAAUGCACAGAAGAGCAGAACAGUUCAAGACAUCGUUUGUGGGUGUGCGGGACGGCCAAAGAAAGAAAACACAAAUUCAGUGGCUUGCAACUGCCAAGCCUUGAUCAGAUUACACCGCACAAACGACAAUGGAUGGUAUAUUCAUGACUUCAGAUCGGAACACAACCAUCAUUUGUCUUCAUCAUGUGGAGAGAAAUUACAUUGGCCAUCACACAGGAACAUUGACACAAACACCAAAGAUAUAGUAAAGCACUUGAUGAGUAACAACAUAGGCUUGACGAAGGUUUUUUGUGUCAUCGCAAGCUUUUUCGGAUCGAUGGAGAACGUACCAUUCAACAAGAGGUCACUCAAGUACAUGUGCACAAGGAUGAACCAAGAGACUGCAGACGAUGACAUCAGGAAAACAAUUGAUUUGUUCUCAGAACUAAAGAAGAACGACCCUAUGUUUAGUGACAGUGUUCUUGUCGACAGCGAUAGCAAGAUUCAGGCCCUUAUGUGGACGAAUGGAAAGAGCAGAUACCAAUAUAAAAUGUUUGGUGAUGCAAUCACAUUCGACACAACAUAUCGUACAAAUCAGUACGACAUGCCUUUCGGGUUGUUUGUGGGUGUAAACCAUCAUUUUUAGAGUAUUAUUUUAGGAGGUGUUAUGAUGAGGAAUGAGAAGGAGGAAACUUUCGAUUGGGUAUUCAAGGAAUUCGUGUCGUUGAUGGGAGGAAAAGCACCAUUGACUAUAUUGACAGACCAAUGUCGUGCAAUGGAGUUGGCUAUUGCUAAUGUCUUGCCUGGAACGAAACACCGAUGGUGCAAAUGGCAUGUGCUGCGUCGGGCUAAGGAGGUUCUUGGCCCAGUCUAUACAAUGAACAGAGAUUUCAGGGAUGAACUACAUAAGAUUUUAGAAUACAUGCUCACUAUCGAAGAGUUCGAAGCAGCCUGGGAAAAUUUAAUUCAAAAGUAUAGCCUGCAAGAUCACCCAAUGAUGACACAGAUCUACGAGUUGAGAAUGAAAUGGGCAAAGCCAUAUUUUUCAGUUUUAUUUUGCGCAAGGAUGACAAGUACCCAGAGGUCAGAGAGCGCAAACCAUAUGUUGAAGAAUUUUGUACCUGCUGGAUCAUCAAUGCACAUGUUCGUAAAGCAUUAUCAAAAACUUCAGUUUGACCGUGAUUCCGAAGAGAAUUUUUCUGAAAAGAAGAGCCGUUUGGUAAGCUAAAAAUAUCUAGCGCGAUUUUCGUAUUGAGAUAUUGUAUUAGGUAUGGAAUAAUAACAAACAUAACAAACAUUAAUAUUUUCAUAAAACAGGGCAGCACAGUACUGAAAAUAGGGUUGCCUAUGGAGAGACAUGCCGGGAAGGUUUACACACCGGCAUUGUUCAAAUUAUUCCAAGAAGCAUGCUUUAAAUCUGCUUCGUUCUACGUCGAGAACAAUAUUGUCAUCAACGAUACAUACCGGGUGUCACACCUUUAUGCAGAGCGUAGAGAAAGUUGGUCCAAGACUUCUUACAACGCCAAAAUGAGUCAACCUGGCAAUAUGUUCCAAUGCGAGUGUGGCAUAUACGAGCAUAUGGGUUUGCUCUGCUCUCAUGCACUGCGGCUAAUAAACAUUCUCCAAGUAAUGGCACACCUGAACUUCACGAAGAUAUCAGAAGCACACAUCAUGACCAGGUGGACAAAAAAUGCAUGUGAAGAUCUUCCUGAGCAUUUGAAAAUUUACAAGGCCCGCACCCCUAUCCUUGAUUCUACUACAUUCAGACAUACGACACUGUACACGACAGCUCUUGAUAUUGUGAAGAUGGGUGACAGUAACCUGGAGGCAUUCUCAUUUGCAAUGUCAAGAUUAUCUGUCACAAGGGAUGGCCUAAAAGAAAUCGCGAAGGAGCAAGACGGCAAAGGAAUUCAGGAUGUUUUAGACAAAGAAAACAUGGACGUCCAACAGAGUUUCAACAGUGACAUUAAGAUCAUCUAUGAUAGUAGAACGCCGCAAGAGAGAAUGGGGCCGACCAACCAAUGCAAGAUCGAAACCAGGAUAUGAAGUUAGUAACCAAGAACAAAGUUCUGCAAAGCUUGCCGCCGAAAGUGACACAACUCAGCUAAAUGCCCAACAAAAGAUGGACCAAACAAGAAGCAAAGAAAGGAUCCCAGGUGUGGUAAGUGUGGCUUGCUUGGUCACAUUAGGAUGCAAUGCAGUCGUGGAUUUGAAUCGUGGUUUAGAUGACUGUGUAAGACAAUUAUGAGACAUCAACUCAAUGUCUAAAACAAUUAUGAGACAAUGCAGCGUUCACCCAUUUUGGUGUAAGAUUGUGAUUAUAUUAUAUAUGCGUGUGAAUCAUAAAUUUA